AUGGGCGUCGGGACCGCGAUUGACGACAAGGAGAAGUGCGUCGGCUUGGAGAAGGACGAGGAUGCUCAUUCGAGUGACAGCGACGAUGAUUACCAAAAGGCCGUUGAGGUCACAUUUGAGCCCGGCAAUCCUUACCGCCGCAAAAGCUCACUGGUGACGUCUGACACAUCUCGGCCUCUGCCGCGCCACCCGAGCAGAAGAACUGAGUGCAUCGUCCACCAGUUCCUCGAAAGCCAGAGAAAGGCCCGCGACGCCGUUGCCUCCGCCAGCAACCACGGCUCCAGGUCCAAUUCGACCUCGAGCGCUUCCAAGGCGAACGAUCACCUCCACCACGGCCAUCCCACCUACGAGAGUCCUAACCGGCAAGCGGGCGCCAAGGACGUAUGCAGGGAAACGGGCAUGUCCAAAACGGUUGAGCCGAAAGGGCGCGUGGCCAAGCAGAGAGCCUCGAUUCUGGCAGCAGACAGCCCGGAAGACAGCGACAUUGGUCAGGCUGACGAAAAGUCUUGGCGAUCUGAAAUCAUCAAGUCUGCAUCACAAGUCGAUCUCGCACAGUCCGACGACGAAGAUGAGCUGCACAGCCGGCUACUUACCAAGAAACAGCUAAGCGAGAUGGCCUGGGGGGUUCGCGAGCUCAGCCGUCGCCUCAGCAGCAUGCGCAUCAGGUUCCGCGUCAAGACCAUCUUCCUCCUUACCAAGAUACACGACGCAGACUUGAUCAGUCGAACACGGGAGCUGACCAAAUGGCUUCUGUCGCACGAGCGAGACGUCGACUAUACCGUCUAUGUGGAGGAGAAGUUCAAGGACAACAAAAAGUUCAACGCGUUGGGCAUGGUCGAAGAGCUCAGCAAGGAGGCCCUCGAUGCCGGCCAACCGCAAACCAAGGCCAGCGAUGAUGUCAUCUCUAAACGGCUCCGAUACUGGGAUGAAGACAUGUGCCGCAACCGACCGCACAUGUUCGACUUUGCAAUCACUUUGGGCGGCGACGGCACUGUGCUUUAUGCCAGCUGGUUGUUCCAGCGCAUCGUCCCACCGGUGCUGAGCUUCUCCCUCGGUAGUCUUGGCUUCCUAACCAAAUUCGACUUUGAGGAACACCGCACCAUACUCGAGAGCGCAUUUAACAAGGGCGUCACAGUGAGCCUACGACUGCGCUUCGAAGGAACCAUCAUGAGGAGCCAGCAGAGAAAGCGAUUGGCGGACGCCGAAGAGAGCAGCUCUAGCCAGGACGAUGAUGGACACAAGCCCGACCUUGUCGAAGAACUUGUAGGCGAGGAGAGGGAGGACGAGCAUACGCACAAACCAGACGGGACCUUUGAGAUAUUGAAUGAAAUCGUCGUGGACCGCGGCCCCAACCCGACAAUGUCAUAUACGGAAAUAUUUGGUGACGAUGAGCACUUCACUUCCGUCUUGGCAGAUGGCAUUUGCGUGUCGACCCCAACCGGCUCUACCGCCUACAAUCUGGCGGCCGGCGGCUCUCUCUGCCACCCUGAGAACCCAGUCAUGCUCGUCACCGCCAUCUGUGCUCAUACGCUUUCCUUCCGCCCAAUCAUCCUACCAGACACCAUCGUCCUCCGUAUAGGUGUGCCCUACGAUGCAAGGACGAACUCCUGGGCCAGCUUCGACGGCCGCGAGCGCAUGGAGCUGUUCCCUGGGGACUAUGUCACCAUUAGCGCCAGUCGGUAUCCCUUUGCAAGCGUCCAGGCUCAGGGUCGGCGCAGCGAGGACUGGGUCAACAGCAUUAGCGGAAAACUGGGCUGGAAUACGCGGCAGAAACAAAAGGGAUACAAGGAAUGGGACAAUUAG